UAAUAUUAUUGUUAUUCUUUCCUCUUCCCUUCCGCCUUCCACUUUUCCUCAAACUGAGGCUAAGUUCAAUUAACUCUCAAGAGAAGCAAAGCAACGACAAGGAUGUGGGUGGCGGUGAUAGGCGGUCUGCUUCUCUACCUCCUAUUCAAGUAUUUCUUCUACGAAGACGACACCCUCCUCGAUCUCGAUUCCUUCCACGCCAAUGCUCUCUUCGCCGUCGCCAAAAGGCUGGAAAAGCUUUAUCAUGGAAGCAAAGUCUACGUCGGCAUCCAAAUUCCAGACCCCGAUUCCGCUUCUCGCCAGAAUAUUGAUCUUGUUCUCGUCACUGAUCAGGAGGCUGUGGUGAUUUCUGUGAAGAAUGUAUCAGGUUUUGUAUCCAGUGAUAAGGAUGGUAACUGGGUUUGCACCGGAAAGCACCAUAAAACCGAGCAUAUCCCGAAUCCUGUAGCUGAAACCAAAAAAUUGGUUUCCAUUCUUGAAGAGUAUCUUGAACAAAGGGAAGUUGCUCUUCCAGACGGAUUUUUGUCCUUUAAAGUCAUAUGUCCGAAUCCGAACUUUAGUGCCAUCCGUCCCGACUCUUUCGCGCCUGAAGUCAUUACUUAUGAUCAGUGGAAACAAUUAAAGCCCGGGCAGAAGAAUUUGGCUUCUGGAUGGAUCAAAAGUGUACUUCGCGGUGGAAAGGAUAAAAUGCAGGAGUCAUUUUGUGAGAAGCUUAACUCUGUCCUCAGCACCGCCCCGAUUUCAGAUAGGUUAGAGCUCAAAGGCAACAGGUAUGUUCUAGGAGAAUUUCUUGAGUUCAAAGGGAAACAAGAGGACCUUCAGGCAUUGCGGAAGAUCAAGAGAUCAAAAGUUAGUCGGCUGAGUGUUCAGAAGAUAAGCAUGCUUGGUUUUGCUCAUUCAACAGUCCAAGUUUUGUAUACUCUUCGCGAUUAUCAUGCAGAAGGGUCUUCGCAGAGGGAAGAAGUGACUGUUAGAUCAAGCACACUAGUACUUUUUCAACCACAAAAUUCUGAAAAACCGUGCAAGUAUAAGCUUUCAUCAGUUAUUUCCUUGUCGUUGAGUGCCUGAAUAUGAAAAUACGGCUUCUGAGGUACUCCCCCUUUACCCUGCUGUCAUACGGCUGUGAGCUGUCUAUGUUCCUACGUAAGUCCAUAUGUAUAUGCGCUUGCUUUAAAAGCGGGAGACUGUGAUCCUUUCUUAUUCGCUUGUGGCCAUAAACAGGGUGAUGAUCCUUGCUACUACAUCUCAUGUUUUGAUUCAUAAGAGAUCACUAAUCAGGGUACUAUUGGAUUAAGUUUUCACUCCA